CCUCCCCGGGACCCCUCGGCUGUGCACCCUCAGGCAAAAGCAGAAGGUCGGCCAAUCCCGGGGUGCCAAAGCCACGAAGGCUGGACUAGGAGGAAAGUGCGCGUCCGUCCAGAGUGCCAACCAAUCUGGAUCCGCGCUCUGAGCGACGGCGACCACACCCGCUCGGAGAUGCGCUCACCGCCUGACCGCGAGCUAGCAGCGAACCAAUCCGCGACGGGGACGGCGAGCUCGCGCCAAUCGCGGAGAAGACGGCGCGAAAGGGCGGAGCCCCGCUCAGGCUGCUUGUUGGUGGGUGAGACUAGGUUUUGCUGUAGUUCCCACCCCGGAAGCUUUGGGCCCUUGAGCGCGAGAGGCAGUGGCCCAGAGAGGGUCUGGAUCGGACGUGGAGGCACCACUCCAGAGGCUUACGCGCCGAGACUCCCGGUUGGAGGAGUCGUUAGACGCUACGGGGUGGCCAUCGAGGAAGCCGAGGCUAGGAGCCACUUGUGGGGACCUUUAGGGGUGCCUUCCCUUCGUGGGGUGCUAUGGAGUUUCCAGAACACAGCCAACAGCUGCUGCAGAGCCUCCGGGAACAGCGGUCCCAGGGCUUCCUUUGUGACUGCACGGUGAUGGUGGGUAGCACCCAAUUCUUGGCCCAUCGAGCCGUGCUGGCCUCCUGUAGCCCCUUCUUCCAACUUUUCUACAAAGAGCGGGACCUGGACAAGAGGGAUCUGGUGUGUAUUCACAAUGAGAUUGUCACGGCUCCAGCUUUUGGGCUGCUGCUGGACUUCAUGUAUGCCGGCCAGCUGGCUCUGCGGGGCGACACGCCCAUGGAGGAUGUGCUGGCGGCUGCCAGCUACCUGCACAUGAAUGACAUAGUCAAGGUGUGUAAACAGAGGCUGCAAGCCCGGGCUCUGGCAGAGGCUGACAGCACGAAGAAGGAGGAAGAACCCAGCACACAGCCCCCCAGCUUGGAGUUUCUGUCCAGCACUUCCCAUGGUCCUCAGCCAUCACUGGCAUCUUCUGAAUCUUCAGGCCAGUGGGGUAAAGAGGAAUGGAAGAGCUCAGCUGCCCCCUUACCUGCUAUCUGUCCUCCAGAGGAGCCACCCGUGCCUGGUGGUGCAGACACCACACAGCCUGGCAUGGAGUUAGAGUCGUCAAAUCUGCGGGCAGCACCCCCACCGGGGGCAGAAGGGUCUGUGUCUCUGGGCAGUCCCAGUAGCUCCACAGAGGCCCUGCCUACAAACUACUUUCCUUCUGGACUCCCUGCAAUUUCUGUGGAGCCCCUGACUCCCCUUGGGGUGGGUCCUGAGAACCUGCGGGUGGUGGAGCCCCGGGACCCUGGAGGACCACUGCAAAGCUUCUACCCUGCAGCCCCAACCCCAGUUGAAGCCGAGCUGGUUCAGGUAAAAGUGGAAGCCAUCGUGAUCUCUGAUGAGGAGACAGAGGUGACUGAGGAGCAGCCUCAGGGUCCCGAGAGUCUAUUCCCACCCCCAGGGGCGCUGUUUGGAGGACAGCCUCCCCAACACCCCCAGCCCCCCCAGCCCUCCCAGCCCCAAGCUUUUGAGGAGCCUGGGGGUGUGGACCUGGAGGAGGCGGGGCCAAGUGACCACUUCCUGGCGCCCGAUGCGCACUUGUCCUACCAUCUACUGCCAGGAUCUGGGCAGUACCCUCGAGGACUGGUGACCUUGCCGCUGCCUACACCCCCAGCCCUGCAGGAGCCGCUGUACCCAUCCUCUGAAUAUGAAGCAGCCCCAGGUUUUGGGGCAUUUACCGAGGACGUUCCCACCUGCAAGACCUGUGGUAAGACCUUCUCAUGCUCCUACACACUUCGAAGACACGCCACCGUCCACACGCGGGAGCGGCCCUAUGAGUGCCGCUAUUGUCUGCGCAGCUAUACCCAGUCGGGGGACCUCUACCGCCACAUCCGCAAAGCCCACAAUGAGGACCUGGCCAAGCGCAGUAGAACCGAUCCAGAGGCUGGUUCCGUUCUGGGGAUACAGCCCCACCCUGGCUCCCCAACUACAGAUAGACAGAACAGUGGUGGGGGAGGGGCACCAAAAGAAUUUUUAUUUGGCCCCAAGAACUGAUCUUGGGUGCAAGAGCUCUUCCCAGGCCUGCUCUUUGACUUCUUCGCCUUAGGGGGCAGCACAGAGGUGGUCAGCUUUCCAUUUUUAUUGUUAUUUUUACUAUAGGGUCUUGCUAUUCAGUUCAGGCUGGCCUCGAACUGGCUGUGUAGCCCACGCUGACCUGGAACUCUCCUUGACCCUCCUGACUCAGCCUCCUAAAUGCUA